GGAAGACUUGUUUGUUAGCAACAGUCGCUGUGGAGUGAAAUGUUAAUGUGAAACGUAUGUCUCUCAACCAUUCAUGCCCAGAUUGAAGGAUGUCUACGUUUGUUGACGAGACGGCGGGAGAUGUUCCCGUUAAAGACAUCACACUAAACUUUACCCAUGUUGGACUGGGAGUACAAGAGUCACUGGUGGCCCAGGGUGCCCGUGCACGACAAGCAAUCUCGCGGGUGAGCAGGGAGGAGCUUGAGGACCGAUUCCUUCGGCUCCAUGAGGAAAAUCUGCUCCUCAAACAACACACGCACAAACAGGAGGACAAAAUUAAGAGGAUGGCUACCAAGCUGGUGCGCUUGGUGAAGGACCGUCGACGGGUGGAGCAGGUGGCAGCAGGCGGCGUGCGUCCAGGCGCCCGGGACGUGGAGCUGGAGGAGAUGAUGGAGGAGCUACAGGAGAAGGUCCGGGAGCUACAGGUGCAGAACGAAGGCCUGAAGCAGCGCCUGUUGGCCGCCAAACAACAACUGCAGGCCCAUAACAGAAGGACCACCCCCUACAGCCAUGUCCAAUCACGUGUCAACACAGGCUUGCGGAGGCUGAGGGAGGACACGGUUACCUUGGCUCAGCUGCCCCUUGCUGGCCUCAAAGGCCAUAGGAGUGUGGAGGUGGAGACAGGUGUCAGGCCCCCCCAGCUUCUGCUACCUAGAUAUGGACACAGUCUGCUGGAUGAAGCCAGAGCUGAGAUCCGCAACCUUGAGAAUGUGAUUGAGACUCAGAACUCCCAUAUAGAGGAGAUCGACAGAGCUGCAGAGUUGCUGAGGGACCAGCUGAAGAGGAAGGAGAGGGAGUUUGAGGAGUCACUCCUCCACAUGAGAGAGCAGCAGACCACUGGCCAGAGGUCCACUAUCAAGGACAACUUGGAGAUGAUCAAAUUGCAAAAGCAGCUGGUUGAGAAGGGAAACGCUUUCACUGUGCUUGAGGGCAGAUUCCUCCAACUCCAAGAGAAACAGGGCACCCUCAAGGCCAGUCAUGACGCUGUGAUGACCAAGCUGGAUGAGCUGACUGUCCAGCUGAAGGAAGAACGGCUUAAGAGUCUGGACCUGGAGAGACAACUGCAGGCUAACACAUUCUCACAGAGAAGGACAGAGGAGUUGCAUGAGAGAAUCCUUGAUCUGGAGAAGGAGAGAGAACUAUUGAAGGAGAACUGUGAUAAACUGGUCAACAGUGCAUUUGACGUGAGCCAGGAACAGAAAUUUAGGACGCGAGAGCAGCAGCUGAAACUGCAGAUAGCCCAACUAGAACUGGCCCUAAAGUCUGAUUUGACAGACAAAAAUGAGAUUCUGGACCAGAUCAAAGUUGAAAGAGAUUUGAAUGAACAAUUGAGGCAAGAAAAUAAAGAUAUUCAGCUUCGGUUCCUAGAGCAAAAGCAGCAGUUUGAUGAAAUACAGGACAAAAUUAAGUUCUACACCAAGGAGAGUGAAAUCGAUGUGGCAGAACUGAGUGAGGCACUGAUGCUAAUAAAGGUUCGUAAGACCCAGAGGAGUGGUGAGCUGGGCUUUCUGGAGCAGGUUGAGGAGGUGGUGCAUGGUGACACAGAGUUCUCCAUUAAGGAGCUGCAGGCAACGCACGCUGAAACCAUCCAGGAGCUGGAGAAGACCAGGAACAUGCUCAUUGUCCAGCACAAGAUCAACAAGGACUACCAAGCGGAAGUUGAAGCAGUGACACGUAAGAUGGAUGACUCCAAGAUGGAGUACGAGCUGAAGUUGGAACGUCUCGCCCAGCUGCUGGACAUGAGAGCUGCCAAGAUCAAGAAACUAGAGGCCCAACUAAAAAACAUUGCCUAUGGUACCAAAGCCCACAUCUUAAAACCUGACAUGACAGACCAGGACUUAGUCGAUGACUUCGAAGAGACAAUUCACCUUGAGCGCGGAGAGAACCUUCUGGAAAUCCACAUCGGCACGGCAACCCUCUCCCCGGUCGCCCUGGAGAUGCUGAAUGACAGCGAGCCCUCCACCUUCUGCACCUAUGCUUUCUAUGACUUUGAGUUGCAGUCAACGCCUGUGCUCCGGGGAGCUAAGCCUGCCUACUGCUUCACAUCGCAGUACAUUGUCAAAGUGGACGACCUCCUCUUACAGUACCUCCACGCCAGCUCCGUCACAGUGGAGCUGCAGCUGGCCCGAGGCUUGGAGUUCCAGACAAUAGCAGCCGGGCAGCUCCGGCUGAUGCCGCUCCUGGAGAACAAUGGCAAAGUCCAUGGGACCGUGCCGCUGGUUGGUGUGGCUGGAGAGGUGCAGUCAUUUGGCUCUCUGUCCUACUGGGUGAGGCUACGGGUGCCGAUAGAGCAGGCCAUCCGGCUCUACAAAGAGAGGAUGAGAGCCCUGGGCUACAUCAGCUCUGCCCUCAGGGAGGAGAAUCAGGCGUUAAACUCGACGCUAACCUCACGGCCGUUAACGGCAGCUGGAGGCCCGGACAUGAAUGAGCUCAGUGUCACCAUCCACUGCUGCGGUCAGCUAGCGUCCAGCCGAGGGCCGGCCCACAAACCCAGCCCUUACGUGGUCUACCAGGUGUAUGACUUCCCAGACCAUGACACCUGCAUCGUGGCGGACUGCGCUGAGCCCCGGUUCGAGGAUCACAUGUCCUUCCCCGUGGCCGUGGAAGCUGAGCUGGACAGCUACCUGAAGAAAGGGGCCCUGGCGCUCUAUGUGUUCGACGACCAGGAGACCCAGAGUGAGAUGUACCUGGGCAAGGCCGGGGUGCCCCUGCUCCCGCUGGCGCACGACAAGGCAAUCACUGGUGUCUUUCAGCUGACCGACCCGUCCGGCAUCCCCAGUGGUUCUAUCAAUGUGACGCUUGACUGGAGGUUCUCCUAUGUGCCCCCCCACGGCUCCACCGGGACUUUGGACCCGGGGAGGUUUGGACCAAAGUUGGAGGACAUCAGUGUGGGUGACCAUGAGGGGGGGAGGAUGGUGGAGACGGAAGAUAUAAGCGCCAACGUUCCUCUUCCUGACUCUCAGGUACCGUUACCACAACCUAGACUACGGACUUUGGUGAAGGAUAAAACUACGAGCAAAAAAGUCUCAUUUGUGAAUGAAAAUAAAGAAGGUGAACAUGUUUCACGCCCCACUGAUGUGCCUGGAAGGGAGAAGAGGGAAGGCUCCAAACUACCAUCCAUAAAAAAGGGGCUCACGGUGUCUGAGAUAGCUACAGCACCAGAUUCUCCUCGGAGCACCGCGGAAGAGGAUGAUGCGGAAGACUCUCACUUCUCUGAGGGUCAGGUCAUCGCAGGCACCUUUCAGUCAACCUCCGAUGAAUCCGAAAUUUCUGAGGAUAUUCUGAGACCGAUCGACGACGUCCUGGAGACCUCGCUGGUGGAGGACGAGGAUCAGGGGGAAUCGAUCCCUUCCGACAGUGAUGACUGCAUUGUUCCAGGCCAGUCCUCAAUGGGACGGAAGCUUUCUGAGCGCGUGCGUGUGGAGAUCGUGUCUCUUGCCCUGCGACCUGAGUCCCGGGCUGCAGCAGAUGACAGUGUGGUCAGGCUGUUUGUCGAGUACUCCAUGUUGGACAUGCCCUCUGAGGAGACCCCGCUGGCCCUGCCCAAGCCCCCUCCGGGCAAGGCUAGCCACUAUAACUACAGCAAUGUAAUUCAUGUGGACAUGGAGAAUAACAAGACCAGGCGACAGAUGUUGAGGGGCAUACUAGAGGGACGUAACCCACAAAUGGAAAGUAUCAGGUUCACAGUGGUGAGUGAGCCACCGGAGGAGGAGGAGCAGGAGAAGGAGUGUGAGGACGUGGGCGUGGCCUACUUCAGGAUCCCUGACAUCCUGGAGAAGCAGCAGGACCUGAUUGAAACCAGCCUGAACAUUGUGGAUACGCAGGACAGCAGCGUGGUUGUGGGCAGUCUGUGUGUGUCUGUAGAGGGCCUGGAGGCUCUACAGUCUAUCAUGGAGGACCCUGACCACGACUACACAGCCCUCUCCUCACUGGAACCUGAGGGUUAACUCGCACCACAAAUGUCAUUAGUUCCCUAAUCUUAAGCCUUGGCAUUAGCUAGCAUGGUUGUUUAUAGUUAUGUCACGUAGUAGGGUUCAUCAAACCAACUCUGACAUUAGUAAUACAUAUAACUGCUGGUGACACAUGUAUUUCUCAGUUAAUAGAUCUAUUCUGGGAUUAAUAACAAAUGAUGAUAAUUCUAAAGCUGCUAUAUAGUUUGUACAAGUCAGACAUGUCCUAGUGAAACUAUUUAAGUACUGUAUAGCAUUUAUAUAUUUGUAUAUUUGAAAGGGUUUCAAAUGAGCGAAUAUCACUCCGUGUCAUGUUGUGUACAUUUAAUAGUAGAUUUUAUACAGCCUUCUAGUAUUGGCUCUGCUGGUACCUGGUCAUUAUCUAAUAAUAAGUUACUUAGUCAUUUUGUUACAGUUGAUGUUUUGAAAGCGAUCGGUUACUGCAAAGUGUUCGAGAUUGUAGCUGAAUCCAUCAGGGCACUAUGUAGAAUUAUUUCACAUGCAAAUAAUUUGAAAAUGUUUACUGGAUGAUAUGAAUCUUCAGACACUUAAUUUUUUUGUGUUUGCAUGUAUGUACCCAGAAUGUCUAAAGCAUUGAGAAAUGUUUUUAAGAGUAUUAAAGAGUUUAGUUUUUGAA